AUGGAUGCGUUCACUGUGCGCGUCGGCGGCGGAAGGCCUUCCGUAGAUGCUGCGCGCAAUUCGCUGAUUACGUCGCCGUUGCUCCUCGAGGAACCCAUCCGACUGGCCUCGAUAUUGGAACACUCUCACUAUCAUAGGUCGGUUCCAUGCCUGACGAAGAUCGUGGGGACGGUAGGCGGCAACUCGAAGACCGUAGAGCAACUGUCGGCUCUGCUGGAAGCGGGCAUGACAGCUGCACGAUUCGACUUUUCUGUGAACGACCAGGAGAACCACCAGGAGACGUACGACAACCUAAGGGCUGCCAUGAAGAAAACGCACCGCAUGUGCGCGGUUGUGUACGACACGCACGGGCCUGAGAUUACCAUAUUCAACAGCAGCAGCGCGACAGUGACGAUGACAGCGGGCAGCACGGUGGUGCUGUCGGGCGACAAGGAUCAACCCGUCACUGCCCAGGCGCUGCCCCUCGCCUGCCCCCAACUCGCCAAGGCGGUGAAGCCAGGGGACGAGGUGUUUGUGGGGCGCUACCUCUUCACAGGCAGUGAAACCACAUCUGUGUGGCUCAAGGUGGAGGAGGUGAAGGGCGACGACAUUGUGUGCACGGUGACCAACACGGCAGAGCUGCAAGGGGACUUCUUCACCGUGCAUGCUGCUCAGGUGGACACGGACAUGCCCAUUCUCUCCAAGGUGGACGAGCGCCACCUGUCCACGUGGGGAGUGAACUGCUUGCCACACAUCAUCUUCCUCUCCUUCACCCGCAAUGCAGAGGACGUCAGAUAUGCUCGCAAAUACCUCGCCCAACUGGGGAAGCUCUCCCAGGCCUUCAUCUUCGCUAAGAUAGAGAGCAUUCAGGGGUUGAGGAGGAUCGACGAGAUUCUGGCAGAAGCAGAUGGGCUUGUGCUGGGCCGAGGCGACCUUGGAAUCGACCUGCCUGCGGAGAAGGUGUUUCUGAUGCAGAAGGUGGCCAUCUACAAGGCCAACAUGGCGGGCAAGCCAUGUGUCAUCUCGCGAGUGGUCGACACGAUGACAGACACGCCCCGCCCCACUCGUGCCGAAGCCACUGACGUCGCUAACGCUGUGCUGGAUGGUGUGGACGCCAUUAUGCUGGGAGCUGAGACGCUCAGAGGGCUGUACCCUACUGAGACGGUUUCAACCGUGCGCCUCAUUUGUGCCGAGGCAGAGAAGGCAUACAACCAGGAGCUCUAUUUCAAGAAGGCGGUGAAGGAAGCCACUGACACCAUGAGCGAGCUCGAAGCCAUGGCCUCAUCCGCGGUGAAAACAGCAGAGAAGGUGCAUGCAGCGGCAAUUGUGGUGUUCACCUCCUCUGGAAGAAUGGCCAGGCUCGUGGCCAAGUACAAGCCAACCAUGCCCGUGCUCACACUCGUCAUUCCGCGCCUCUACGUUGAUAAGCUCAGAUGGACGGUGCAGGGUGAAUUCCCGGCUCACAUGUGUUGUCUUAUGCGUGGCCUCAUCCCCAUGAUGGCUACACCCAAGACACUGGAGCAAAGCGAUGUAUCCACUAACGAGACUGUUCUUAAGGAGGCCAUUCGUCAGGGCCAGCGGGUGCUUCUGGGCCAAGUGGGUCAACUGCUGCUGAGUCGAGUCGAGCCGACAGAUUUUAACCUACCCACCCCCUCUCUUCCCCUCCCCACCCCCUCGUUUCCCCUCCCCACCCCCUAUUUUCCCCUUCCCACCCCCUCUUUUUCCGUCUCCACCCCUCUUUUCCCCUCCCCAACCCCUAUGUUGCCCUUCAAACUCGCAGCAGAAUCAGAGAUAGUGGACAACUCAGGGCCGCUGCUGGGCCGAGUGGGUCAGCUGCAGCAGCAGCUGCACCACCAGCUGCUGCCCUCCUCCUCCCACGCCUCCAUCCAGCCACAACCCUCCAACCCACACGGCCGAAACUACGUCCUGCUCCCUGAGGGCUUGGAUCAGCUACUUCUCCCUGAGGGCUUGGAUCAGCUAGGGGGUUUGGCGUCAGGCGGAUUGGGAGCCUUUGAGUCGACUCAGAAGUCAUCUCAAGGCUCUGAUCAACGAGUUCCCUCUGACGGCUCUGAUAAGCUAGGGCGCUUGGCGGCUGGCGGAGUGGGAGCUGGUGGUGGGGGGAGGGGGAGAGAAGAGGAGCGGGGUGCAGCAGGGAUGGACCAUGGGGGGAUUGUGCCGGAGGGGGUUGUGCCUGACGCAUUGGAUAGGCACAUUCCCAUGUCCAUUCGAAUGAGUCCAGAGCGCCUACAGUUGCCUCUGGAGGCGUUGCCACGUGCCAUCGACAGCAUCGAGCAAAAGAACGUCAUGCUGGCACACCGAGAGCGGUUUGACAAGUUCGGCGAUCUGAUUCGCUGCCACGGUCCUCCCUGUCCCGAUUUCGCCCCCUGCGGCUCUGCCUACCCCAACGUGCACGCGUGCUGGAACGAGCAUCUCGACGCGCCUCUGCUGCUACCCGCUCGCGCGCCCCUCAACUGCCCCAAGAAGGCCCCCCUUAAGAAUCUGCGGGUGCCGUGGCAGAACCAUGACAAGACGUGCUCUCAUUCGAGAGACUUCAACCCCCGAGAGCCGUCCGCCAUGCAGGUGUUUCGCCUGCAUGAGGUCAUGGUGACACACAAGGGCUUCGUCUUCAACGCCACCCACCGAUACGUGCACCAGGGCUGCAAGCGAUUCAACCCAUUCUCCUACCCGCAGGGCCAGAAGGUGCAUCGCAUGAAGCUGGCGUUUGACUGGGGCUACACGCAGGGCAGCAACUUCUACCACUUCCUAGUCGAGGCCAUUCCUUCUUUCUUCGUGGCCGCUGCAGCACUGCCCAACCUCAGAGACACGCCCAUCAUAGCAGAGCGCUUCCAGUGGGACCUAUACGACAGCAUAGGCCGCAUCUUCACAGGUGUGAACGGGUGUCACUACCCAAACAUGGUACUGCACUCAAUCCCCAUUCAAUCUCCUCUCACCUCCUUUGCGCACAUACAGUGGGACCUAUACGACAGCAUAGGCCGCAUCUUCAUAGGGGUGAAUCGGACGGACAUGAGAGCCCUUCAGGCAACCGAGGGGGACCUCUUUCACGUCGACACGCUCUAUUUGCCAAUGUUGCAGGAGUGUGGGGCGCCCAACAAGGCCCUCUGGAUGGAGCUGAGGCGGCACCACCUGCUGCACCCGCAGGGCCUGCCACUCUUCCGCCCCGACUUCUCCUACCACUACCGCCCAGCGCUCUCCUACCAGCAACUCACCCACCUGCCCCCUGACUGGGUGGUGGUGUUGGCGCAGCGGCCGUCAGGGAAGCGCUCCUUCAGCAACGCUGAGGAGGUUAAAGAAGCGGUUCUCGCCGCGUUUCCAGCAGAGAGGGUUGUUGUGUUUGACGGGUCGCUGCAGCUCAUGCAAGGGGGCAGCACUCUCCGACCUCAUCUUCCUGAACCACCCCUUCCUCUCCACUCUCUCCCCCCCACACUGCCCCCAACCCCCCGUAUUUCUCCUUCCACCCGCACUCGUUUUUCUCUCGUCUCAGCGUGUGCCUUGUUUUGCCACACACGGCUCUUUGUGGAAUGGCACGGGGCGACACUCUACCUCGCAUUCAUGCCUCUCACCACUCCCCCCUUCUUCCCCCUCCCCCUCCUCGCCCACUCCUUCCCCCUCCCACCCGCCUCCUCCCCAUUUGGUCCCGCCUUCCUCCCGGUUUCUGUCCCCCACUCAUUUCCCAUCCCCUCCCACACCCCUUCUUCCCCAUUCCCGCAGCCUGUAAUGUAA